GACUUUAUGUCAUUAAUUUCCUAUACUUUUUGCUGCCACCAAUCCUGUAGAUUUUAUAUUUCAUACACAUGGUGUUUAAGAGUUAAGAAAAUUUUGAUUAUGUUAAUAUACAGAAAUGUUGCCAAUGUCUUUGAGCAAUUUCAUCAGUGUGAAAGGGUUUUUGCCUGCAAUUAGGCCUCCUUUUUUAUUGCUGUGCUAUCAGACUGGUAUCCACAUUCUUUGAUUCUUGUUCAAACUAUCCUAAAUCGAAUUGAAAUUCCCUUUUAGGCUUAUCAUUUCAGAUAGAUUAUCUUGUUGUUAACAUAUUACUGCUGGGUUAAGCAAAUGUAAAAAAAAGGAAAGAAAAACACUGAAGAAAGAAGAGAACAGUUCCAUCAUUCUCUGACAGAACUUUAUUUUAGGAAUAAGAGUCUGCUGUUUACGUCAGAUCUUGACCUUACAAAUGGAAGCCCACAGGAUACAGAGGAGGGGGAGUGUUUAUGCAGUGACAGCCUAUCGUUGCCUCAGGCCUCUGAGAGUCAGACAAGGGCAAGUCACUGUUUACACAACCAGAGCCAAUCACAUUAUAGACCUGUCAUCGCAGGCCCCGCCUCCCGCCUGCUACGCUGCAGGUUGUGGCAGGAGAGAAGCUAUAAAGUUGUCUGACAAGCCAAGAGGGAGACAGAACGAGGAGAUAGGAACAUGAGAGAGAGUCCUGCUGGACUGAUUUCAUCCCAAAACAUGGCAUUCACCGACUGCAUGAAAACGACUGACAUGUGCACCGAGAAGAAGGGGAUCAAGAGGAGGAAUUGGAGAAACAGGAUAGGAUUUCUGCUGAAGACAAACUCAUCCCAGUCGAUACUGCAUAUAAUGAAAAACAGAUCCUACAGGCCGACAGCUGAUGACGUGAGCCAAUGGGCGCAGUCACUUGACACAUUACUCAGUCAUAAAUAUGGGAAGACUGCUUUCUGUAUCUUCCUGAAGUCUGAGUUCUGCGAGGAGAACAUUGAGUUUUGGACGGCGUGUGAAGAUUACAAGACCCAGACGUCGCAGAAAGAGCUGGUGUCCAAGGCACACAGCAUUUACGAGCAGUUCAUCAAAAGUGAAGCUCCGAAAGAGAUAAACCUGGAUUACCACACCAGAAACGCCAUCACCCAGAGCCUCGCUGAGCCCACUGUGACAUGUUUCCUGGCAGCUCAGAGGAAAGUCUACAGCCUGAUGGAGAACAACUCGUACCCCAGGUUUAUCCACUCUGACCUCUACAGAGAACUGUGCGAAGCUGCCAGGGGAGAGGGCAAACUCAUUAAAUCCUAGUCAAACUAGACAGCCGGUCCUGAAGUCAUUUGUUUACCGCUGUGACUCUGUGAAUAGACCACUGAUCAUGCUCAUCCCAGGCACUGCCGCGGGAUAACAGACUCAAAUGCAAAUCCUGAGCAUAAACAUUAUGGGCGUGUGUGGAAAAUGCAAAACCGAGGCCAUUUUUAUUCCAUCCUCCUGGGACAUUUCAACAACAGGAGUUAUGGUGAUUAGGCUUGAUGCUUUCUGCUGCUGCAGGCUGUACACUGCGCAAUGCCAACAGACGGGAUUAAGAAUACAUCUUCUUCACUGGGACAUUACCUGCUCUUUCUUUAAUGUUUGCAAUGAUGCAAUGAUGAUGAAAACCCACUCCAGGAAACCUAUGAUUCAUUAUCUUUUAUACAGUACUGUCUGACUUUAUCUCUGCUAAUAUCCACUCUGCACCAAUAGCUUAGACACUUCCUCUGUGACCCUAAUAUGUUCAUCUGAUGGAUUUGCAUGUUUACAUAUGAAGUGCAAUUUUUAUUUAUAUAAUCAUAUUCAUUAUUUCUACCAAAGAUUGUAUGCAGCUUUCAACAGCUGUGAGAAUGUUAUGUGUUGUAAAUAUUGUGACUUUGAACAUGCAGAAUGUAAAUUAAAGUUUUGGGCAGCUGGACUGCUCAUGGAAUAA